UGCUUCUCCCCGGCUCGGGGCGUGGAGGCGGCGGCGGCGGCGGCGGCGGGGAGGCGUCUUCGGCGAAGGUUGCCCGGCGUUGUCCAACAUGGAGGAGGAGGCACCGGCCGCGGGCGUCACCUGCGAGCGGAACUGAACCCCCCCGCCCCCCGCACCCCGCCGCCGGGUCCCGAGCCCUGGGACUUGGACGCCUGCACGCCCCGCGGCGGACCCCCGGCUCUUGCUUCCGCGCUCUCGGGCCGCGGGGGCUUCAUCACCGGGACGCGGUGCCCGGAGGGAGCCCGGCGGCGCCCAGACUCCCCGAAGCAUGGGCAAUGAGGCGAGCUUGGAAGGCGAGGGGCUCCCCGAAGGACUGGCGGCGGCCGCGGCGGCCGGAGGAGGGGCCGGCGGGGCGGGGAGCUCCGUGCACACCGCGGUCCCGGCCGGCAUGGAGGCGGAUCUGAGCCAGCUGAGCGAAGAGGAGCGGAGACAGAUCGCGGCUGUCAUGUCAAGGGCGCAGGGGCUGCCCAAGGGAAGCGCUCCCCCGGCCACUGCGGAGCCGCCCUCCUUGCACAGGAAACAAGAGUUGGACAGCAGUCAUUCUCCGAAGCAGCCUGGAAAACCACCUGAUUCAGGGCGCGCAGCUCAGCCUGGUCUCAGUAAGAGCCGAACUACAGACACUUUUCGGUCCGAGCAGAAGUUGCCCGGAAGGAGUCCCUCCACUAUUAGCUUAAAGGAAUCCAAGUCCAGGACUGAUUUUAAGGAAGAGCACAAGUCUAGUAUGAUGCCUAGCUUCCUUUCUGAGGUUAACCCUUUAAGUGCUGUCUCCUCUGUUGUAAAUAAAUUCAAUCCUUUUGAUUUGAUAUCAGACUCUGAUGCCUCCCAGGAAGAAACCACCAAGAAACAAAAAGCAGCCCCGAAAGAACAAGGAAAACCUGAAGGAGUCACCAAGCCCCCAUCGCAGCAAUCACCCAAGCCAGCUCCUAAGCAGCAAGGACCUGUGAAAGCCCCUCUUCAGCAGGGUGUCUCCCCGAAAUCAGUACCUUCUCAGCAACCAGAAAAAAUGAAAUCACAGCCUUCAGGAAAGCCAAUUCAGGGGCUUACCCAAGCUCCUCAGACUGACCCGGUUAAGUUGCCUCUUCAAAGAGAUGCAGCCAGGCCUCAGACUAAACAGUCAGAUGCAGUGACAGGGGAAUCAGUUAAGCCCUCACUGCAGAGCCCAUCUAAACCACUUGUUCAGCAGGCAAGUCCUGGCAAACCUCCAGCUAAACAACCUGGACCUGAAAAAGUUGCAUUGCCACAGCCUGGGCCUGCAAAAUCCCCAGCUCAGCAACCAGGGCCAGCAAAACCCCCAGCCCAACCACCAGGAACUGUAAAACCCUCACCUCAGCCCCUCUCAGCAAAGCUCCCAGCUCAGCCUCCAGGAACAGUGAAACCUGCAGCUCAGCAGCCCGGACCAAAGUCUCCAGCUCAGCCUCUUGGACCUGCAAAGCCUCAAGUUCAGCCGACUGCGACGGAGAAGCCUCCAUCACAGCAGCCUGGGCCCAAGCCUCCAGCACAGCCUCCAGUACCUGCAAAGUCUCCAGUUCAGCAGCCAGGGCCAGCAAAGCUCCCAGCCCAGCAACCAGGAACUCCAAAGUCUCCAGCUCAUCAACCUGCUGCAGCAUCUCAGCCAUCUGGGCCUGCAAAGACACCUACUCAGCAGCCUGGUCCAGGGAAGACUUCUCAGCAACCUGGCCCCACAAAAUCUCAACAACCUGGCCCAACAAAGCCCGCAGCUCAACAGCCUAGCCCAGCAAAGCCUGCAGCUCAACAGCCUGGCCCAGCAAAGCCCGCAGCUCAACAGCCUGGCCCAGCAAAGCCCGCAGCUCAACCGCCUGGCCCAGCAAAGCCCGCAGCUCAACAGCCAAGCCCAGCAAAGCCCUCACCUUCACCUCAGCAACCCAGCCCAGCAAAGCCAGCAGCUCAGCAGCCUGGCCCAGCAAAGCCCUCACCUCAACAGCCUGGCGCAGCCAAGACUUCAGCUCAACAACCUGGUCCAGCAAAACCUUCAGUUCAACAGCCUGGUUUAGCAAAGCCCUCACCCCAACAGCCUGGCCCAGCAAAACCUUUAGCUCAGCAACCUGCAAAACCAGCCAGCCAAGCUGGAGUUGGGAAACCUGUGCAGCCAUCAAUUUCUCCAUCUGCUGGACAGACUUCAGUACAAGGCCUCCCGAAAACCAUCUGUCCUCUUUGCAAUACCACUGAGCUUCUCUUGCAUGUUCCGGAAAAGGCCAAUUUUAACACGUGCACCGAGUGUCAAACCACUGUCUGUAGUCUCUGUGGUUUUAAUCCCAAUCCUCAUCUAACUGAGAUAAAAGAGUGGCUCUGUUUAAACUGUCAGAUGCAAAGAGCUUUAGGAGGUGAGCUGACUCCAAUUCCAUCAUCACCGCAGCCUAAACCGAAGACUGCCUCUGCUGUUCCUGCAGCAGCAGUGAGUAAACCAUCCACGCAACCGCAGCAGGUUUCUCCAAAGAAGGAUGUUGCACCCAAACAGGAUAUCUCAAAGGCGCCUGAAUCUAAAAAGCCCCCACCGCUGGUGAAACAACCCACUCUUCACGGUUCUCCCCCCAUCACAGCCAAGCAGCCUCCAGUAGCUGACACAUCAUCUAAGACCACUCCAUCCAAAGAGCCUCCUGGACCAUCUGAGCAGGCCAAAGGCCCCCCAGUUGAUGAUAAACCAAAGCUGCCUAAGAUGGUAAAACCACCAACGGAUGUUGUGUCAUCAUCCUCAGCAACCACAAAACCUGACAUUCCAAGUUCAAAAAUACAGCCACAGGAUCAAGAGAAAACUACUUUCCCUCUCAAAACAGAUUCUGCAAAGCCUUCUCAAAGUUUUCCACCAACAGGAGAGAAAGUUACCCCAGUGGACUCUACAGUCAUACCACGACCUGCAUCAGAUUCAAAAAUUGUUUCACAGCCCGGGCCUAGCUCAGAGAGCAAAGGUCAAAAGCAAGUGGAUCCAGCUCAAAAGAGAGAAGACCCCAAAAAAGCACAAACCAAAAUGAGUCCCAAGCCAGAUGGCAAGCCAGUGCCAAAAGGGUCAUCAGCAGCCCCAGGCACACGACCCACUCCUGGCCAAACUGCCCCUGUUUCUCAACCACCUCCGAAGCCCCAGGAGCAGUCAAGACGCUUUAGUCUGAAUCUGGGAAGUAUUACUGAUGCCCCUAAAUCCCAGCCCACGACUCCUUCAGAAAGUAUGACUGGGAAGCUCUUUGGGUUUGGAGCUUCAAUCUUUAGUCAAGCAUCAAAUCUUAUCUCCACUGCAGGCCAGCCUAGUUCUCAUGCGCAAGGCGGACCAGGAGCCCUGAGCAAACAGGUUCCAUCUCCUUCACAGCCACCGGUGUCUCAGGGGCCACCCAAACCUACAGGUCAGGCUUCACCCGCGCCUGCAAGCACUGUACCUGUGAAAAAAGAAACAAAAGCUCCAGGAGCUGAAAAAUUAGAGUCUAAAGCUGAAAGAGUUCCACCUGUAAAAAGAACAGAAACAGAAAAGAAACCUCCACUUAUUAAGGAUACUAAACCUCCCACAGCCGAGCCUCAAAAAUCUGUCCCUGCACCCAAACUCGAGAAAGUCCCCAAACCAGAAUCUGUCUGUCCUCUCUGCAAAACUGAACUCAACAUAGGUUCUAAGGAUCCUCCCAACUUCAAUGUUUGCACUGAAUGCAAGAAACAAGUGUGUAAUCUCUGUGGAUUUAACCCUACGCCACAUCUGACUGAGAUACAAGAAUGGCUUUGUUUAAAUUGCCAAACCAAGAGAGCAAUGUCAGGACAGCUUGGAGACAUGGGCAAAAUGCUACCUGCACAGCCAGGACCAAAAGCAGUUCCUGUGCCUGUCUCAACAGAACAGCCUUCUCAGAAAAUAGUUCCUGCUCAAGUAAAAGUGAAAAAGAAGGAACAAGAAGUCAAAUUAGAUGCUGAGAAAAGCAUUCCAGAUAAAGGAAAAGAAACCCCUUUGAUUGAAAAAAUUUCCCCUAAAGUAGCCACAGAUAAAAAACAAGAGAGUAAAGUAGAGAAAGACAAGACUUCAGCACCUCCAGAAAAAAAGCCACUUCCAGAAGACAAAAAGUCACUCCCAGAAGAAAAAAAGCCACCACCUCCUGAAGAAAAAAAGCAAACUCAACAAGAAAAGGCAGCCCCCAUUGAGGACCAAAAGCCACCAUCAGAGGAGAAAAAGGCACCUCCUCAAGAAAAAAAGCCAACUCCUAAAGACAAAAGACCUCCCCUGGAAGAAAAAAAGGCACUGCCAGAAGAGAAAAAGGCAACCUUUGAAGAAAAAAAGCCAGCUCCUAAAGACAAAAAGCCUCCCCUUGAAGACAAAAAGCCACUGCAAGAAGAAAAGGGGGCCAUCCUUGAAGAUAAAAAGCCAACUCCUAAAGACAAGAAGCCUCUCCUUGAGGACAAAAAGCCACUGCAAGAAGAAAAAGAGACAGUCCUUGAAGAUAAAAAACCAACUCCUAAAGACAAGAAGCCUCUCCUUGAGGACAAAAAGCCACUGCAAGAAGAAAAAGAGGCAGUCCUUGAAGAUAAAAAAACAGCUCCUGAAGACAAAAUGCCUUCUUUGGAAGACAAAAUGCCACGGCCAGAAGAAAAGAGGGAAAUCCUUGAAGAUCAAAAGCCAACCUCUAAAGACAAAACAACUGUACCUGAGGAUGAGAAGCUACCAUCAGGAGUCAAAAUCUCAACUUUAGAGGAGGAGCAGAAACCUGACUUACUUAAAACUCAAGUACAGACUGCUAAAGAAACACCUGAAGACAAAAUGUCUCCAAGGUCAAUGGAAGAAGCAGAACAACCCCCAAUCAAGAAGGAAGAUGUUCCCUCUGGCUUGCCUCAGAUUCCCUCUAAGGAAGAUGAUGAGUCUAUUCAAAAAAUGAAAGGACUGCCUCAGGAAAUAUGCACAGCAAAGCCUGAACAGGUGGAAUCUGGGAAAGAAAAAACAGAAAAGGAAGAUGACAAAUCAGACACCUCAAGUUCUCAGCAACCGAAAAGCCCACAAGGUCUGAGUGAUACUGGAUAUUCUUCUGAUGGGAUAUCAGGUUCCCUUGGUGAAAUUCCAAGUCUUAUCCCCAGUGACGAAAAGGAUUUGCUCAAAGGACUCAAAAAAGACUCAUUCUCACAAGAAAGCAGCCCUUCCAGCCCCUCAGAUUUGGCUAAAUUAGAAAGUACUGUCUUGUCCAUUUUGGAAGCUCAAGCGAGUACACUUGAUGAAAAAGCUGAAAAGAAAACACAACCCCUUGAAGUUUCUCCUGAGCAGCCCAAGGACCAGCAGAAACCCCAGAGUUUAUCUGAAACACCAAAAUUUGUGACAUCGGAAGAGGAUCUCAUGAAGGGUCAAGAGGAAAAAGACUCUUUAAAAAAAGAUAGCCAGCAAGACGUUCCUUCCAAAAAGGAUCAUAAAGAGAAAUCUGAGCUUGUUGAGGACACACCUGUGAGAAGACAGCCUUAUGAUUCAGUUGAAGACAGUAGUGAAAGUGAAAACUCACCUGUUCCUCAGAGAAAACGGAGAUUGAGCAUUGGUUCCUCAAGCAGUGAUGAGUAUAAACAGGAAGAUAGUCAGGGCUCCGGGGAGGAGGAGGAGGAGGACUUUAUUCGAAAACAGAUCAUAGAAAUGAGUGCUGAUGAAGAUGCUUCAGGUUCUGAUGAUGAUGAGUUCAUUAGGAACCAGCUAAAAGAGAUCAGUAGUAGCAUUGAGAUCCAGAAGAAGGAAGAAAUAAAAGGAAAAGGAAAAGCAUCAACAGGGAAACACAGAAGAUUGACCCGAAAAAGUAGUGCCAGCUUUGAAGAGGAUCCCGGGAGACGCCAUUCUUGGCAUGAUGAAGAUGAUGAGACUUUUGAUGAAAGUCCUGAACUUAAAUACAGAGAAACCAAGAGUCAGGAGAGUGAAGAGCUUGCACUGGCUGGAGGAGGAGGGCUCCGUCGAUUCAAAACGAUUGAACUUAACAGCACAAUAGCAGAUAAAUAUUCGACUGAGUCGUCACAGAAAAAAUCAGUUUUGUAUUUUGAUGAAGAGCCUGAGUUAGAAAUGGAAAGCCUGACAGACUCUCCAGAAGAUAGGUCAAGGGGGGAAGGAUCUUCUAGCCUUCAUGCUUCCAGCUUCACUCCUGGCACCUCCCCUACAUCAGUAUCAUCACUGGAUGAAGACAGCGACAGUAGCCCUAGUCACAAAAAAGGAGAGAGCAAACAACAGCGCAAAGCGAGACACAGAUCACAUGGCCCACUUUUACCGACUAUUGAAGAUUCUUCUGAGGAGGAAGAAUUGAGAGAGGAGGAAGAAUUAUUGAAAGAGCAAGAAAAGCAACGCGAAUUAGAACAGCAACAAAGAAAGAGUUCAAGUAAAAAAUCGAAGAAGGACAAAGAUGAACUCAGAGCUCAGAGAAGAAGGGAAAGACCAAAAACACCACCCAGUAACCUCUCGCCUAUUGAAGAUGCUUCACCAACGGAAGAAUUACGUCAGGCUGCAGAAAUGGAGGAGCUGCAUAGAUCUUCUUGUUCUGAAUAUUCACCUAGCAUAGAAUCAGACCCAGACGGUUUUGAAAUAAGCCCAGAAAAAAUAAUAGAAGUGCAAAAAGUGUAUAAAUUGCCCACAGCUGUGUCUUUAUACUCACCGACAGAUGAGCAGUCUAUUAUGCAGAAAGAAGGUGGUCAAAAGACAUUAAAAAGUGCUGAGGAGAUGUAUGAAGAAAUGAUGCAUAAAACCCAUAAAUAUAAAGCAUUUCCAGCUGCAAAUGAACGAGAUGAAAUAUUUGAGAAAGAGCCUUUGUAUGGUGGCAUGUUGAUAGAGGAUUAUAUUUAUGAAUCUUUAGUAGAGGACACAUACAAUGGUUCAGUAGAUGGCAGUCUGCUAGCAAGGCAAGAAGAUGAGAAUGGGUUUUUGCAGCAGAGAGGGAGAGAACAAAAAGUAAGACUUCCAGAGCAGAUUUAUGAAGAUCCUAUGCAGAAAAUUACAGACCUCCAGAAAGAAUUUUAUGAAUUAGAAAGCUUGCAUUCUGUUGUGCCUCAAGAAGACAUUGUUUCAAGCUCUUAUAUCAUUCCAGAAAGUCAUGAGAUAGUGGAUCUUGGUAGUAUGCUAACAUCUACUGGUGAAGAAAAGCAAUUAUUAGAUGCUGAUGCUGCGUAUGAAGAACUCAUGAAGAGGCAACAGUUGCAGUUAUCAUCGGAAUCAAUUCCCACUCAGCCCCCCAUCAGGGAUGAGGUGACAGAUUCGAUUAUGGACUUUGACAGAAUGCCUGAUUCAUCUAUGACAUCAAGUAUUCUCUCAGGAGCAUCUCUUACAGAUUCAACUAGCAGUGCAACACUCUCAAUCCCAGAUGUGAAAAUAACCCAACAUUUUUCAACAGAAGAAAUUGAGGAUGAAUACAUAACUGAUUACACAAGGGAAAUUCAAGAGAUAAUUUCUCAUGAAUCACUGAUUUUGACCUACUCUGAGCCUUCAGAAAGUGCUACAUCUGUCCCACCCUCUGAUACGCCUUCUCUCACAUCAUCAAUUUCUUCAGUCUGCACCACAGAUAGCUCCUCACCCAUAACUACGCUGGAUAGCAUAACCACGGUUUAUACAGAGCCAAUGGACAUUGUAACUAAAUUUGAAGAUUCUGAAGAAACAUAUUUCCAAGGCAGCAUUAUAGAUUAUCCAGAAGAAGUAAGUGUGCCUUUAGAUAAACUUUCCAGAGCAGAUAGUAGAAUUAGUGCUGAUCACAUUAUGGUUUCCAUAUCUGAUAUGACACCUUCUAUCACAGACUCGGUUGGAACUAAGCAUGAAGGACUUUUUGUGGACACUGUAUCUACUGGCAUAGCCAUAGCUGACAAAGAACCAGUAAAGAAAUCCAAGAAAGAAUCUGGGAGUGGAAUUAUUCUGGAAGUUUUGGAAGCCUACAGAGAUAAAAGGGAGGAGUCUGCAGCUGAACUAACAAAACUCAGCUUAUCUGAAACUGUGUUUGACCAACUUGCUUCUUCUGUAACAGAUCUUCCCCUGCAGGAACAGGUUCAAAGUACCCACUUUGUAUCUGGAGAGAUCUUUGGUCAAGCAAAACCUGCAUCUCAGUUACCAUCUGGUACUCAUUCUGUUGCCUCUCUUCCAACUAAAACUCGUCCAUUCUUUCGAAGUUCUUCUUUGGACAUUUCAGCCCAACCUCCUCCUCCCCCUCCUCCUCCUCCUCCACCUCCUCCUCCACCUCCUCCUCCUCCUCCCCCACCACUUCCUCCACCAACCUCUCCUAAACCAACCAUUCUUCCUAGAAAAAAGUUACCAGUUACUGCUCCAGUGACUCUUCCUACUGCAACUACACCUCGAGUUGAUGCUUUUCCUACUGUAGUGACCACAGCCAUUCCAAAAAGUAACGGGUUACCUGUAGCACCUGUAACAAAAAUAUGUACCACUGCACCUCCUCCAGUUCCUCCUAAGCCAUCUUCAAUUCCAUCUGGACUUGUAUUUACACAUAGACCUGAGCCAAGUAAACCUCCAAUUGCCCCUAAACCAGUAGUUCCUCCGCUUCCAGUAAUGACUCAAAAACCAACAGAAACACACCCCAAACCAAUAGAAACACAUCCCAAACCAACAGAAACACACCCCAAACCAACAGCUUUGCCUUUGGCUUCAAAUAUGACAUUAAAUUUGGUGACAACAGCAGAUUAUAAAUUGCCUUCCCCUACUUCCCCUCUCUCUCCCCAUUCUAACAAAUCCUCACCAAGAUAUUCCAAGUCUCUUAUGGAAACUUAUGUGGUCAUCACAUUACCAUCUGAACCUGGGACUCCAACAGAUUCUUCAGCUAGUCAGGCCAUUACCAGUUGGCCCCUGGGAUCACCUCCCAAAGACCUGAUAUCUAUUGAGUCAGUGUUUUCUGUAAUUCCUCCCGUACCAACUACAGAAAUGUUAAGUUCUUCUGAACAGAGCCUUCAGAACAGAGCUUUGGAGACAUUUUCUGCUGUUCCUGUCACAACACUCUCUUCAUUUCAAUCUACCCCAACUUCAUUUCCCCAGUUGGUCACAACCGAAGCUUCCAAAGCUGAGGUUCCAGCAGCCAGAGGUGUAGUGCCCAGUAUUGGUCUCGGCAGUGUCUCUAUAUCCAUUCCACCAGAGCCUUUCGUUCCAGAGAGUCAACAUCUAGAGAAACAGCAACCUAAAGAAAAUGGAACGCUGCCUCUUGUUAGUGAUGCCAUUGAUUUGCGGACGGUGCCCAAACUAGAAGUUAAAGUAACAGAAAAAGGCCUAGAUCUUUCUGCUUCUGCAGUGGAUGUGAAGAGGCCGACCACCACAAGUGAAAUCUAUGGACGACAUAUUAGUGCUGUUCAACCCGCUAUUAUCAAUCUCAGUGCUACUUCAUCAGUUACAAUUCCACUCUCCGUGGCUACUGAGACAGUGACCUUUGUCACGUACACACCUAGUGCAAGUUAUACCACAAGCACAGAAAGCCUUGUGGGUAUAGAACAUGCAACAGUAACGCCUCUCCAGCUUACAACUUCAGGUCAGGCUGAACCUCUGUAUAGGGCACCGAGCACUCAGGCUUUUCCUUCUGUUAGAGAGGAAGCACCAAUAAAUUUAUCUUUAGGCAUGUCAGCUGCUACAAAACCUGUUACUGUGCCUCCUGUUGGUAUCACAAAUGGUUGGACUGAUAGCAGCACCACAUCCCAGGGGAUCACUGAUGGGGAAGUAGUCGAUCUUAGUACAACAAAGUCCCAUAGAACUGUUGUAACAAUGGAUGAAUCUACUUCAGGUGUGGUGACCAAAAUAAUAGAAGAUGAUGAAAAACCUGUUGAUCUGACCGCAGGAAGAAGAGCUGUGUGCUGUGAUGUGGUUUAUAAGUUACCCUUUGGGAGAAGUUGUACAUCCCAGCAGCCUGCAACUACUCUUCCUGAGGAUCGUUUUGGUUAUAGAGAUGACCACUAUCAAUAUGGUCGCUCGGGGCCAUAUGGUUAUAGAGGUAUUGGGGGAAUGAAACCUUCCAUGUCUGACACUAAUUUAGCAGAAGCUGGACAUUUUCUCUAUAAAAGUAAGAAUGCCUUUGAUUAUUCUGGAGGAACUGAUGCAGCAGUAGAUCUAACUUCAGGGAAAAUUACUACAGGUGAGGUAAUGGAUUAUUCAAGCAAGACAACAGGUCCAUAUCCAGAAACACGGCAAGUCAUUUCAGGAGUUGGGAUUAGUACCCCACAAUAUUCCACAGCAAGAAUGACUCCACCUCCAGGAUCCCAGUAUGGUGUGGGGAGCGUUUUCAGGUCAACUAAUGGUGUUGUCUAUUCUUCAGUGGCAACUCCAGUACCCUCCACAUUUGCUAUCACCACACAACCUGGCUCCAUUUUCAGCACUACUGUGAGGGAUCUGUCUGGUGCACACACCACUGAUGCAGUGACUUCAUUAUCCACCCUCCAUCAAAGCCAGCCAAUGCCUAGAUCAUAUUUCCUAACAACAGGUGCAUCUGAAACAGACAUCACAGUAACUGGCAUUGAUAUUAAUGCCAGUUUGCAGACUAUUACAAUGGAAACUCUGACCGCUGAGACAAUAGACUCAGUUCCCACUUUAACCACAGCAUCUGAAGUGUUUUCUGAAGUGGCUGGAGAUGAAAGUGCUCUUUUAGUGGUCCCCGAGGAAGAUAAACAACAGCAGCAGCUAGACUUGGAGAGAGAGCUCUUGGAAUUGGAGAAAAUUAAGCAACAGCGUUUUGCUGAGGAAUUGGAGUGGGAGCGUCAGGAAAUCCAAAGGUUCCGAGAACAAGAAAAGAUCAUGGUUCAAAAAAAACUGGAGGAGCUGCAGUCUAUGAAGCAGCACCUUCUCUAUCAGCAAGAAGAAGAAAGGCAAGCCCAGUUCAUGAUGAGGCAGGAAACAUUAGCUCAGCAGCAGUUGCAGCUGGAACAGAUCCAACAGCUGCAGCAGCAGCUACACCAGCAGCUGGAGGAACAAAAGAUCCGCCAGAUCUACCAGUAUAACUAUGACCCCUCUGGAAAUGCUUCUCCACAAACCACAACAGAACAGGCAAUUAUGGAGGGUCAGUAUACUGCUCCAGAAGGUGGUCAGUUUUGGGCCACAGAAGAUGCAACCACCACAGCUUCAGCUGUUGUGGCAAUUGAAAUACCACAAAGCCAAGGGUGGUACACGGUUCAGUCUGAUGGCAUUACUCAGUACAUUGCCCCGCCUGGCAUUCUGAGCACUGUUUCAGAAAUACCUCUAACAGAUGUUGUGGUGAAAGAUGAAAAACAAGCCAAAAAGAGAAGUUCCGGGGCCAAGGUCCGUGGACAGUAUGAAGAGAUGGGGGAAAGCACGACUGACGAUCCCCGCUGUUUUAAAAAGAUCGUGGACAGUGGUGUGCAGACGGAUGAUGAAGAUGCAGGUGAUCGCAACUAUGCAAGUAGGAGAAGAAAAAGCAAAAAGAGUGUUGACACAAGUGUCCAAACUGAUGAUGAAGAUCAGGAUGAGUGGGACAUGCCUACUCGAGCAAGGAGGAAAGCUCGGGCAGGGAAGUAUGGUGACGGCACUACGGAGGCUGACAAGACCAAACCCCUUUCCAGAGUCUCCAGUAUAGCAGUUCAAACAGUAGCAGAGAUAUCUGUACAAACCGAGCCUGUCGGAACCAUAAGAACACCUUCGAUACGGGCGCGCGUGGAUGCCAAGGUAGAAAUAAUUAAACACAUUUCAGCACCCGAAAAGACCUACAAAGGGGGCAGUUUAGGAUGUCAAACAGAAGCAGAUUCAGACACACAAAGUCCUCAAUAUCUGAGUGCCACAUCUCCACCCAAAGACAAGAAACGCCCAACACCUUUAGAAAUCGGGUACUCAUCUCACCUCCGGGCAGAUUCCACACUUCAGCUGGCUCCUUCCCCACCCAAAUCUCCAAAAGUCCUUUACUCACCCAUCUCACCACUUUCACCAGGCAAAGCCUUAGAAUCAGCCUUUGUACCUUAUGAGAAACCCCUCCCCGAUGACAUAAGUCCACAGAAAGUGUUGCAUCCAGAUAUGGCUAAAGUUCCCCCAGCAAGUCCUAAGACAGCCAAGAUGAUGCAGCGGUCUCUGUCAGACCCCAAGCCUCUGAGUCCAACAGCAGAUGAAAGUUCCAGGGCUCCUUUCCAAUAUACCGAGGGCUAUACGACAAAAGGUUCUCAAACCAUGACACCAUCAGGUACUCAGAAGAAAGUUAAAAGAACUCUGCCAAACCCACCUCCUGAAGAGACCUCCACAGGAACUCAGUCAACCUACAGCACAAUGGGCACAGCCUCCAGAAGAAGGAUUUGUAGAACCAACACCAUGGCACGAGCAAAAAUUCUCCAGGAUAUAGACAGAGAACUUGAUCUUGUGGAGAGAGAAUCAGCAAAGCUUAGAAAGAAACAGGCGGAACUUGAUGAAGAAGAAAAGGAGAUCGAUGCCAAAUUACGGUACUUGGAAAUGGGAAUUAAUAGAAGGAAGGAAGCAUUACUAAAGGAGAGAGAAAAGAGAGAGAGAGCUUACCUUCAGGGGGUAGCUGAGGAUAGGGAUUAUAUGUCUGACAGUGAGGUGAGCAGCACGAGACCUACCCGAAUAGAAAGUCAGCACGGCAUAGAGCGACCAAGAACGGCUCCUCAAACUGAAUUCAGCCAGUUCAUGCCACCACAAACACAAACGGAAGCUCAGCUUGUUCCUCCUACAAGUCCUUAUACUCAGUAUCAGUACUCUUCCCCUGCUCUCCCUACCCAGGCACCCACCCCGUACACCCAGCAGUCCCAUUUUCAGCAACAAACUUUAUAUCAUCAGCAAGUUUCACCUUAUCAGACUCAGCCAACAUUCCAAGCCGUGGCAACAAUGUCCUUUACACCUCAAGCUCAACCUACACCAACUCCACAACCAUCUUAUCAGUUACCAUCACAGAUGAUGGUAAUACAGCAGAAGCCGAGGCAAACUACAUUAUAUUUGGAGCCCAAGAUAACUUCAAACUAUGAAGUUAUCCGCAACCAGCCACUAAUGAUCGCACCUGUUUCCACUGAUACUACAUACGCUGUUUCCCAUCUGGGCAGCAAGUAUAAUAGCUUAGACUUGAGAAUAGGAUUGGAGGAAAGAAGUAGCAUGGCAAGCAGCCCAAUAUCAAGCAUAUCUGCAGAUUCCUUUUAUGCAGACAUUGACCACCAUACCCCACGGAAUUAUGUCUUAAUCGAUGACAUUGGAGAAAUUACCAAAGGGACAACAUCAUUAAGCACUACAUUUAGUCUUCAUGAGAAGGAUUUGACAAAGACAGACCGUCUCCUUCGAACCACCGAGGCACGGAGGUCUCAAGAUGUGACAGAUUUUCUAGCACCUUUACAGACUUCCUCCAGAUUGCAUAGUUACGUGAAAACUGAGGAAGAUCCAAUGGAGGAUCCGUAUGAAUUAAAGCUUCUGAAACAGCAGAUUAAGCAAGAAUUCCGGAGAGGGGCAGAGAGUUUAGAUCACCUGGCCGGACUCUCCCAUUAUUACCAUGCUGAUACUAGCUAUAGACAUUUCCCCAAAUCUGAAAAAUAUAGCAUUAGCAGGCUCACACUAGAAAAACAAGCAGCAAAACAAUUGCCAGCAGCCAUACUUUAUCAAAAGCAAUCGAAGCAUAAGAAAUCACUAAUUGACCCUAAAAUGUCAAAAUUUUCUCCUAUUCAAGAAAGUAGAGACCUUGAACCAGACUAUACAAGCUAUAUGACUUCGAGCACUUCUUCUAUUGGUGGCAUUUCUUCCAGAGCAAGGCUCCUUCAAGAUGAUAUCACAUUUGGCCUCAGGAAAAAUAUUACGGACCAACAGAAAUUUAUGGGCUCUUCUCUUGGCUCAGGGCUGGGCACGUUAGGAAAUACUAUAAGAUCUGCUCUUCAGGAUGAAGCAGAUAAGCCAUACAGUAGUGGGAGUAGGUCAAGACCCUCUUCCAGACCUUCCUCUGUCUAUGGGCUUGAUUUAUCAAUUAAAAGAGAUUCAUCCAGCUCUUCCCUGAGACUCAAAGCUCAGGAGGCUGAAGCGCUAGAUGUUUCCUUUAGUCAUGCAUCAUCCUCCAGCAGAACUAAGCCGACAAGUUUGCCAAUUAGCCAGAGCAGAGGAAGAAUACCAAUUGUGGCCCAGAAUUCUGAAGAAGAAAGUCCACUUAGUCCUGUUGGCCAGCCAAUGGGGAUGGCAAGGGCUGCAGCAGGACCCUUGCCACCAAUAUCUGCAGAUACAAGAGAUCAGUUUGGAUCAAGUCAUUCAUUACCAGAAGUUCAGCAACACAUGAGAGAAGAAUCACGAACUCGAGGUUAUGACCGUGAUAUAGCGUUCAUCAUGGAUGACUUCCAACAUGCCAUGUCAGACAGUGAAGCCUAUCACUUACGCCGUGAAGAAACGGAUUGGUUUGACAAGCCCAGAGAAUCUCGUUUGGAUAGUGGACAUGGUCUGGAUCGAAAACUGCCUGAGAGAUUAGUCCACUCUAGACCACUUAGUCAACAUCAAGAACAAAUUAUACAGAUGAAUGGAAAGACUAUGCACUACAUUUUUCCUCAUGCAAGGAUAAAAAUAACAAGAGAUUCUAAGGAUCACACAGUUUCAGGUAAUGGAUUAGGAAUUAGAAUUGUGGGUGGUAAAGAAAUCCCUGGACAUAGUGGAGAAAUCGGAGCCUAUAUUGCCAAGAUUCUUCCUGGGGGAAGUGCAGAACAGACAGGGAAACUUAUGGAAGGAAUGCAAGUAUUGGAAUGGAAUGGAAUUCCUUUAACUUCUAAGACAUAUGAAGAAGUUCAGAGUAUCAUUAAUCAACAAAGUGGGGAAGCAGAAAUAUGUGUAAGACUGGACCUUAGUAUGCUAUCAGAUUCUGAAAAUCCCCAGCAUUUGGAACUGCAUGAACCACCCAAAGCUGUGGACAAAGCAAAAUCCCCUGGGGUUGAUCCUAAGCAGUUAGCUGCAGAGCUCCAGAAGGUCUCUCUGCAGCAGUCACCGCUAGUCAGGUCUUCAGUGGUUGAAAAGGGAUCACAUGGUCAUUCAGGCCCGACCUCGGCAGGAUCCAGUUCUGUUCCAAGCCCUGGUCAACCAGGGUCUCCUUCAGUGAGCAAAAAGAAACACAGCAGCAAGCCUACUGAUGCAGCAAAGGUUGUUUCUCAUCCAAUUACUGGAGAAAUUCAGCUUCAAAUCAACUAUGAUCUUGGAAAUCUUAUAAUACACAUACUCCAAGCAAGAAACCUUGUCCCUAGAGACAACAAUGGUUAUUCUGAUCCUUUUGUUAAAGUGUAUCUUCUUCCAGGAAGAGGUCAAGUCAUGGUUGUCCAGAAUGCAAGUGCCGAGUAUAAGAGACGAACUAAGUAUGUUCAAAAAAGUCUUAAUCCUGAGUGGAACCAAACAGUAAUUUAUAAAAGUAUCUCCAUGGAACAGCUCAAGAAGAAAACACUGGAGGUUACAGUCUGGGAUUAUGAUCGUUUUUCUUCCAAUGACUUCCUUGGCGAGGUCUUGAUUGAUUUAUCUAGCACAUCUCAUCUUGAUAACACUCCUAGGUGGUAUCCUCUCAAGGAACAGAGUGAAAGCAUUGACCAUGGAAAGUCCCAUUCCAGUCAAAGCAGUCAGCAGUCCCCAAAGCCAUCUGUCAUCAAAAGUAGAAGCCAUGGUAUCUUCCCUGACCCAUCCAAGGACAUGCAGGUUCCCACCAUUGAGAAAUCCCAUAGUAGUCCUGGUAGCUCGAAAUCCUCAUCCGAAGGCCACCUCCGCUCUCAUGGACCAUCCCGCAGUCAAAGCAAAACCAGCGUCACUCAGACCCACCUGGAAGACGCAGGGGCUGCUAUAGCCGCUGCAGAGGCCGCCGUGCAACAACUCCGCCUUCAACCAACAAAGCCUUCCAAUCACCGGCCUGCAGAAAGCUCCGCAUCCACAGGCUCCUCUGGCUGCAGUUUUGGCAGUGGAUAUAGUGUGGACGCUGAAGGAAGCAACAGCACUGCAGGGGAGACUAAUCUAUUUCCUAUUCCAAGGAUAGGGAAGAUGGGGCAGAAUGGGCUAGAGCCUGUGAAGCAGCCAGGAGUAGGCCUAGGACUGACUGACACUGAAGUUAAAACUCAGGUAAUGGGAGAAAUCAAGAUUGCACUGAAGAAGGAAAUGAAGACAGAUGGGGAACAGCUAAUAGUUGAAAUUCUCCAAUGCAGAAAUAUUACCUACAAGUUUAAAUCCCCUGAUCACUUACCAGAUUUAUAUGUGAAAAUAUAUGUGAUGAAUAUUUCUACCCAAAAGAAGGUGAUCAAGAAAAAAACAAGAGUAUGUAGACAUGAUCGAGAGCCUUCGUUCAAUGAAACUUUCAGAUUCAGUCUAAGUCCCGCAGGGCAUUCACUUCAGAUUUUACUUUUCUCCAAUGGAGGGAAGUUUAUGAAAAAGACCUUGAUCGGUGAAGCCUGUAUCUGGCUUGACAAAGUGGAUCUCAGAAAAAGAAUUGUCAACUGGCACAAACUUUUGGUCAGUCCUACUCAAACCCAUUGAAAAAUUACGUCUCCUCAAUAUAUAGAAGCUGCUCUAAUCUCAAACCAAGACUGUGGUUUGUUUUUUAAAGUAAACACAGAGGAAGAAAAAAAGUAAAAAAAUCAUGCAAAAGCCUUGUAAUUUAUUGUUGUUGAACACACACAAAGAAAACUACAGUGAAAAAGUACAAAUGUUAAAGUCAAAGGGAAAAAGCAGCUCAGUAUCUUGGACCUCUUGUUAUAUUCAAGAAGAAACAGUAAGAAUAGUUUAAUAAUUUACUGCAAACUUUUUGAUUGGAGUGAAACAAAAGCUAAAGACAGAGGCCCCCAAAUUAAUAUGAUUUCUACAAAAGUAUUCCUUAAAUACAAAAGAACUUUGGUUGAAACUAUUGAUGUAACAAGUUUCAGUUUUCAGAUAUCCCUUAUUCACCUAAUCUCAGAAAAUUUGAUGUUUUAAGAUUAUCAAAAUAAGACACAGCUGCAAUAUAUGUCCAAGACUAAAAAUAACUGACUCUACUCAUGGAAAAGAAGCAGAGAAUAUGGAAAUUAUGCCAUUUAGAAUGUAUUAUAUAGGUUUCCUCUGUGUUUAAAUCUUACAGGUGUGAACAGCGAUUUUAGAAUCCAUGUAUAAAAGCACAGCUGUAUCCUUUGAAAUAAUGUAGAUAAUACUAAGUCAAAAUGGAAUUAUGCUUACUUAAAAAUAAAGCCAUAAUUGGCUAACAAAAAAAAUGUUGCCCCACAGACUAUUGGAGACUUGGUUGAAAACAUCAAAAUCUCUAACUUACCUUUAAGAUAUUUUUAAUUUCUAUACAGAAAGACCUAGAUUACAUUUUUAUGUUCUAGGAAGUAUGAUAGCUUGUUCUUUGUAGAACUACAAAAAAUUUGCUAUCCUGCAUAUUGAUUUUCUCUUUGUUGAUGUUCUGGCAGAGGGAAAGUUCUUCCUCUGGCAAUUAGUCUUCCUAAUCUUGUGACACUGAUGAAAUUUUUAAAAGUUCACUUUCUUCCAUAUUUUUUUCCUUAACACAUUAUCUGAUGCUGUAGUGAAACCAUGAUGCCAAUCUAAAGUUCUCUCUAGUGCUCUAUUUUCUUCCUCUAGUGACACUCUCAGUGAUUAAAUGCACCAAUGUUUCAAAACUGUAAAAGGUAAACAUCAUCUCAAGGUUAAAAUAUACUUUGCACUACCUUACACUAUUAAAUAAGUAUUUUAUAUAAGACAAAAGGGUGAAUGUCUAAGUCUUUAAAAUGAAGUAUCCUCUUCUCCAUUAAUGAUAACAAAAAUAACCAAAAAAGUUACCUGAAGUUGUAGGGAACACUCAACUAGGAUUUAAAAGCCUAAUUUCUUGUCUGGCUUUUGUCCCUGACUGUGUUACCUGUAUAUGUGAAUUAAAUUUGAUUUUCCUCAGUUGUCUUAUUUUUGGGAUAAAAAUAAUUGUAUGUUUCUAGCCUUGCUAAUGGAAAUUUUGGAUGAUAUACUAAAUGCUCUAUGAAAGAAAAUGAAAGCACAUUUAUAAAUAUGGUUUAUGCACAUAACUGAGGAGUGAUUAUUAUAUAGCUACUUAUUUCUCAAAUUUUAUAUAUAUAAAAAGCAUCUACCAAGUAAAUGGUAAGCAUUGAUAUGAAUAAAAUCAGCAUACUUGCUCCAAAAUAAUAUAUUUCCUUAAAACAUAAACCUUGACUCAGCUAGUUUAAAGUCUGAAGUUAAAUGGAAAUGAUUUCCUAAUUGGGUUAUUAUAAAUUUGUUAAACAAAGUAAUUGAUCUUCAGUAUUCUCAUAUCCCUGCCAAAAUUAAAUUAAGUUUUUCAGACUAUUCUCUGUUUAAAAGAUGCUUUUUAUUCAAGAACAGGGUUGUAGUUGGAUUAGAGAAAUUAUCUCCAAAUACUUUUGUUGGAUAUUGAAUUUUCCUUUUUAAGAAAAGUGUAAUUUAAUUUGAUAGAAAAUUAUUAAAUGCAACACUUUUAAAAGAAAACAAUUUCUACAAACCCCAUAGUACAUCUCUUAGUAUAUUUAUAAAGAAAUAUAAAUGUAUCUUAAGUCAAGGAAAUACAAGUCACUUCUUUUCCCUCUGUCGAUUAACCCCUUCUCCCUUAGUCGAUACUGCAAUGUCCUUUAGCAUUGCAAUUGCUCUAAAUGAGCAAGGGAGAGGGGAUUGCUUAAGAUUUAAGAAUGCUAAGAUUUUAUUUUUAGAGACAACUCAAUCUGCUGAUGGUUGCCAUGGAUAUUUCCAGCAGAAGUUAGCACCUUAGGAAGUUUAUAACCAUCACUUGUGACUAGGGAAGAAACGUGAUCAGGAAGAUCUUUACAUAAAGACUGUUAUCUGCCCUUCAAAGGGAACUCUGGUUCACCUUAAGCCCUCUUCCUCAACCAUUCACAUCCAGAGGUAUGCAGGAGAGGUUUUAAGACUAGGUUGCUGAAUUCAUUCCAUUCGGGAGGUGCCACAAGAAUAAAGAUCAUACCUGGGUAGUUACUUGAAAAAGAGGAGACUUUCCCUUUAGAGUGCCCUUCUGUUCUGAGAAACGUGAAGGGGCCAGUGGAUUAAGAGAGCUAAUGAUAGGGCUUCCUUUUGUGCACCAGCAUCCCCCUCCAGAGAGUAUAAGAUCCUGCCAAAGUGUGCCAAGCUUGUGGCUAACCAAACUCCUGCGUUGUACUGGAUUUAUUCUAUGCAACACUCAUCCUAGGAAUGCAUUUCUUCUUGAAUGAUAUUGAUUACCCUUCUUACAAUUUCUUUUUUAAAUGCAAAAGGGGCUCAGAGUUUUUUACUUUUUUUGUAUAUAUCAUAGCACAUGAUUUCCACUUUUUAUUUUAUUUACUUUGGGGAGUUGACUUUUUAUUAUCCUACUAGCAACAACAUUUGUAAUCUCUUAAAUAUUGUGCAAUUAAUCCAAUUACAGCUCUUAUACCUUGAAAAUCACCUUGAGUUUUCCCCACAAAUUCAUUGAGUCAUCACAGAUUGAAAUUGCUUCAUGGUGUGAAAUCUGGUCCUAAAGAAACGUUUAGCUGUAGAAGUAAAGCACAGAGUAAAUUUUUACAAAAGAUAGGAAUUAUAUAAUGGUCAUUGCAGACAUAUGUAACACUUGAAGCAAGAAAGUGAUUUUGUCUCUCCAUUUACUUAAGCUAAGAUGUUGGUGACUCAACUUUGUUUAAUAUGGUAAUAUAAAAGAACAAUAAUCUAAGAUGAUGGGGCAUAAUGUUGCUCAUAUUAUAAUUAAUCAUACUAAUUACAUGCAUACUUUCAGCAUAGAAAUGAAUUUAAUUUUGUGAAUCACACACAUUAAAUUUAAAGACAUAUUGUGGAAUAUUAUAGCUGGUAACCAGCUGAUAAUGAUUCUUAUUAUAGGAACAGUUGUGAUGAUUGUUGUGAUAGUGGUAGCAACACUAGGUUGGUGGUGAUGUGAAAUAAAAUUAAAUAAAACACUAUAUUGUGCCCAAUUUAUUAGAAAUUAUUUGAUCAAUGUUUCAUUUCAUUAAGAUAUCAUAAAGAUGUUAAUAGUAUUUUUUUACUUUAUUUAAAUCAUAACAAUAUUUUUAAAAACUUAUUUUCAUUGCUAUAAUGUCUAAUAUUCAAAAGCAGCCAAUUACAAUUAUAUAUGUGUUUUUAACUCUACAUGUGACAGAAGAGAUUUUCCCUCUUUUUUGAGCUUGAGAUGGAAAUGAAUGAGCUCAAUGAAUACAUAUGAAGUGUCUCUUCAAUAAUUACUUGCCUUUGAUGUAAUGCUAGAAAGAAUGAGUGUAGAAGAUAUUUUCAUUAAUCAUUGCUCUUUUCUGUCUGUUCCAUGUUAUUGCUAUUAUUAAAGAUUCCCAUUUAAUCAAAUGACUCCUUAUCUGAUAGAUAGAUGAUUGAGAGCAUUUUCUAUAUAUAAUAAUACAUUUCAUAAAAUAGACAAAAUUUAAAUAUUAAUUUUAUUUGGCAUUUAGCAUGUGAAUACAAUUCUUGUUUGAUUGUGUGUACAUUUGUUUAGUGAUGUGAACAGGUGCUCCCACUACUGAUAAAUGUGUGUGCUGAUAUUCUAAGAAAAUCAUAUCUGAGACAAAAAGGGAAAACAAACUUGUCAUAAAAAAACUAAUAAAAUUCAUUUAAAAAAAGUACUUGGAUAUAUGUCUUGUUUCUAAGUAUGUGUUGCAUGCAGUGUUGUGAUUUGCUAAUGUGUACUUUUUUCUGUUCUACCCAAAUCUCUCUGGAAAAUAUAAUGAAUAAAUACAAAUUCUUGGGCUAAAGGUUACAUAAAUUAAACUGAAGUACAUGGGGACUGUACAAAAAAAAUGCUUGUAAAUCUGUCUUGAGUUUUACUCUGUAAAAAUGUCUCAGUUUUGUGAUUGUAUACAAGAUGUACCUUGGUAAUUUAUGCAAAUUGUGCUGUAUGAAGGUUGUUGUCUCAGCCUUACUAAUAAACACUGAAAAUAUCAACUUUGA